GUUUAGAAUAAUGGUGUUCAUGAAAAAGGGUUUUGAGAUUUUUUGUGGGAUUUUUCUGGGAAAAGGAUGGAGCUAAAAAUUGCCGACUUCCUUCAGGAUCUGGAGGUCCCCGUCAUCAAGGUUGGAACUUUAGAAAUUGCGAAGAAGAACCUGCGACGCCCAUCCCAAGUUAUCUGAAGCAUUCAGUGGUCGAGCGAGCCGGCCGGCGACGCCUAUCCUAGAGCGCGCACAAUGCGAGGCCUGUGGGCGGCGAGCUGGCGGUCGCUGGGAAGGAAGACCCUCCACUCGUCGACGUCUUCAUCAUCGCCUUCUUCGUCUUCGCUGUCUUCGAAUUUGAAGCUGCUCGGCCCGAACCUCCCCGACGUUUGGAUGGUGCCCGGCCCCAGCUCCAGCGCCUUCCGUUCCCAGUCUUCAGCAGCCAAUGGGCAAACUGCUAAUGUAAUAAACGGGAAGCCUAUUGCAAGAGCUAUUAGAGCAGGAAUAGCCAAUGAAAUUUGCAGAAUGAAGGAAACCAUUGUAAAAUCCCCAGGAUUGGCUAUUGUGUUGGUUGGCGGAAGAAGGGAUUCACGAACUUUUAUUCGUGUCAAGUUAAAAGCUUGUGAAGAAGUUGGGAUAACAACCUAUGUAGAGGAGUUACCUGAAGAAUGUACAGAAGAUGAAGUUCUGCGUGUUGUUUCCAGAUUAAAUAACAACCCAUCAGUUAAUGGUAUUAUUGUGCAACUCCCUUUACCACAACAUGUGGAUGAGGAGAGAAUCAUCAAUUUUGUGAGCCCAGAGAAAGACGUGGAUGGCUUCCAUCCCCUCAAUAUGGGAAACCUUGCCAUGAAAGGAAGGGAGCCACUUUUUAUUCCUUGUGCUCCUAAGAGUUGUAUUGAGUUGCUGUUGAGGUCUGGUGUGGAAAUCAUGGGAAAGAGAGCUGUGGUAGUCGGGAGAAGCAAGAUUGUUGGGUUGCCCACUUCUUUGUUAUUGCAGAGGCACCAUGCAACAGUCAGCACAGUACAUUCUUUCACCAAAAAUCCAGAACAGAUUACAAGUGAAGCCGACAUUGUGAUUGCUGAUGUGGGGAUACCCAAUUUAAUCCGUGGCAGUUGGCUAAAACCGGGAGCUGUUGUAGUGGAUAUGGGGACCAAUCAAGUUCAGGGGGUCUUGUACCUGUGAUCUACUCAAUGCAUGUAUGCAGAUAUGCUGCACUACGCUCAGGGAAGAGGUGUUUGAGGGGGAAGGCUUAAAAGUAAAGUGGGUCUUUCAGAAAAGAAAUGAUGAGUGAACAGUCAAGGAUAGACAAAGGGCAAAGCCUUAGAAGAUGUAAAGUCUGCUUGCUGGAUUUCCAUAUGAAAGCUUUGAUUCAAGGUCACUAAAAUUAGCAAAUAGAUUUAGAACUGUAAGGUCCUCACUCUGACGGAGGGGAGCUUCAACUCACAGUUAGGUUUGAUGUAUAAAUGCUCAUUAAGGCUGAUGAUCCCAUUUAAGUAGCUGCUGUGGUAGAAGUGGUCAUUUAACAGGUGGUUUUCUGAGAACGAAUGAUAGUUCC